AUGGCAAAUAGGACCACAAUAAAGAAAUUCAUACUGUUGGGGCUGAAUGCCAACCCUCCACUUGAAGUUAGCCUUUUUCUCCUCCUGCUUGUGAUUUAUCUUUUGACAUUAAUAGGAAACACACUGAUUGUUAUUAUCACACUGGUGAAUGUUCAACUCUGUAGCCCAAUGUAUUUCUUCCUCCGACAUUUGGCAUGGGUAGAUAUUGGGUAUAUGAGUACUAUAGUUCCCAAAGCACUGGUCAACAUAGCUACUGGUACUAAGAGCAUCUCUUUAGUUGGUUGCUUCAUACAGGUAUUUCUUUAUUUGGUCCUUGGCACCACUGCGUUCUUCCUACUGGCCACAAUGUCUGUUGAUCGCUACAUAGCCAUCUGUAACCCUCUUCACUACACAACCAUCAUGAAUCCCCGAAUCUGCUCAUUAUUAGUAUUUUGUUGUUUGGUUGGGGGGUUAUCACUAAUUCUAGUUAUAUUCAUUCCUUUAUUUCUUAUGCCAUUUUGUGGUCCUAACGUCAUGAAUCAUUUUUUUUGUGACUAUGGACCCCUAAUGAAGCUGGUAUGUGUUGACACCAGCUUCCUAGAAAUGACUUAUUUUGUAGUUGCCAUAUUCUCUCUGCUUGGGACCUUAAGUGUCAACAUUGUGUCUUAUGUCCAAAUCAUUUCCACCAUUCUGCAUAUUCCAUCAGCUACUGGAAGGAAGAAGACCUUCUCCACUUUUGCUUCUCACAUGACCGUGGUCACUAUCGCUUACAGCAGUUGUAUUUUCAUGUAUAUCAAGCCAAAAGGCACCAUCAGAUUGGACUACAACAAAAUAGUGGCUCUUCUGAAUACUGUUAUCGUUCCUUUUCUCACCCCAAUUGCAUACUCUUUGAGGAACAGACAAGUGCAGGAUGCUUUGAAGGCUGAACUGAGACAAAGGAUUGGUUUUGCAAAAAACUGA